AUGAGUGAUGCUAAAGUUCCUAAAGAAUGUAACGAUUAUCAAAAAUAUCAUUCUAAGUGUUAUAAAACAUUUUCUGCGUUACCGCCAAAUCAUAGGGGUCUUCUUCUAUCGAAGUUAUCAUCAACAUCAAGCUUGCAAGAAGAACCAGGACCAAGUGAUUCAUGUCCAGUUACUCCAAGUACUAGCGCAUGUAACGAAGGAGAUGCUGAUUCUGAUGCAAGCUAUCAUAGUGUUGGAGAAAAAUCGAUUGCGAAUGAUGAAGAAGGUAAUGGAGCCACUGUUAUGAAUACUUCUGCGGAAGAAAUAGAAGUAUCAGGUACAGAAGGUACUGUAGAAGAAAGCUCUAGCACAAAGAAGGAUUCGGUUUGUAUAUUUUGUAAUAAGAAACGAAAGAAAUUUCGCAAUCGUGAACAAAAUUUACAAACGUGUUUAAUGAACGAUGCUGUUAAUUCGCUUAAAAGCGAUGCAAAGGAAAUGGGUGACGACAAAUUAUAUCAAAAAAUUGUAGAAGCAUGUGACAAUAACGAGAUUAUUUUUUACCAUAAAAUAUGUCGAAAUAACUAUAUGAAUGCAGCACAAUCACAUAUUACUGCCUCAAAAGAUAUUAAAACCGAUUGGCAUGUAUCUCGUGACAUGCAUAAGAAGGCUUUUGAAGAAUUAUGUCAAUUUGUAACUAAUAACAUAAUAAGAAAGAAUCAAUGUUACUUUCUAUCAUUUUUAAAAAAUUUAUUUAUAGAUUUUGCAAAAAGCCAAGAUAUUAAUUCAUCAACGAACUUAGAGCCAUAUAAUUUAGAAUCAAGAUUACUCGAAGCAUUCCCGAAAAAAAUCAGCAUAAUUAAAUGUAAUAAUCAUAAAGUUGUAAAACCGUAUCACGGUCAUUUCAUACAAAAUGAUUUGGAUACAUUAGAAAAACAAGACAUUUUGGAUCGAGCUGCUUUGAUUUUGAGAUCAGAAAUAAGACAAAUAGAACGGAAACCCUUAACUGAUGAACCCACCGCGAAUGACCUUAUUAAGGGAGAAUGCGAUAUUCCACCUGUGCUUAUGGAUUUUUAUUCCAAAUUAAUC